ACACUAGUAGUAGCCUAGUGCUGGUGAUUAAGUGUUGACCGGUGGUUAAGUGAUUUUGUGAUUUCUGGUUGUAAAGCAAUCAGAAAAUAAUAAUCUGAAGUUUAUCAUAGUUUGCUGUGUGUUAUUUAAAAAUUGUUUUAAGAUUGCUUUGACAACACCUAGCCCAUUUAGAUAAGUGGACUUUUUAUUUUCCAGGAAAUUAUUUCAGUUGAGAAUGUGGUUUAGACUAAACAGAAACUCAUAACGAUUUAAGAGCUUCCCUUUCUCUAGAAAUUAGCAAAAUGUGUUAAUAUUUCAGAAUUUCAGGUCAUUUUCAUACGUGUAUUGCCCAUUUAGCGCAACAGUUUAUUGUGUACAUGGAGAGGGUUUUUUUUUUUAAAUGACAUAGCCUACAGUACGCAAAGCCAUUAUUUUCCAAUUAGACACAAAGUUGUUUGAUGAUUUUCAAAUAUCAAUAUCGGUGUUUUCUGCUUCUCGCAUAUUUGUUAUGCUGAUAGAAGGAGUGCAGCGUUUGAGUAUGGUUAUGCAGUAGGCUAUGCCUACAAAUGAAGGCAUGAACCCUAGUAUAACCUCAUUAUCCCACCGAUCCGUAAAAUGAACGAUUUCCGUAAAGCUGGCAACCCCCGUCGUCUUGGAAACCGAAGCGUUUGUCUCCACCAGUCAUUGCAAACUUUUCAUGACACUUAUCUAGCUAGCGUUAGCUAAUCUUACCAGUCUGUUAAAAAAAAACAACUUGACAGCCGAUUUUGUGAAAUCGUGUGUCAGUUUAUAAACUUAAAAUGGAGGGAUUCUCUUCAGUAACUAAUCUACAGGCGCUCUCAACCCUGCUGAACCCACCCGACGAAGACGAUGAAGGGGAUAGCGCCUUUGUGCCAUCCACUGCAAAGCUAGGGCCUGGACAUAUUGGCCCUGCAAAAUCAGCCGAAAGUAAAGUGGCCACAUCACCCUAUAUCAAAGACAGCAGCAAAGACAUCUGGAGUGAGAAGGAAGUGGCUGAAGGAGCCCAGUUUGAUGACAUCACUGACCCACGACCACAGCCUGAGUAUGACAUUGUGCUGAAGCAGCGAGUAGGCACAGAGGACAUCUUUCUGGGCAUGAGCAGAAAAGAUCCCUCUUCCAUGUGUUGUGAGAGCAUGGUGGUGAAAAUAAAAUUGCCAGGCACAAAGUUUAUGGAAGUUGUCCUGGACGUGAAAGAAAAGUUCCUUGAUCUGAGAACACCAAAAUAUAGGUUGGGCCUGCAUCUGCCCCACCCUGUGCACAGCCAGGAAGGGACAGCCCAAUUCCUUUCUGAGAAGGAGGAGCUGGAGGUCACGUUGCCCAUGAACCGGCCAAUGGACUGCAUAAACCUGGCCUGAGAGAGGAAGCUGGAGCUUGCCUGACAUUCUGAAUGUGCGUCUUGGAAACAGUUCAGGACGCGUCGCAAGUUCUGGGUCACAUGCAUGUUUGAAAUACUUUUAACUCUGUAGCUGCCAGUAAAAAUGAAUUGUCAAUGAAACAAGUUACUAACCAAAACAUGCAAUAAUUAGAAAAAAAUUGUUCUGAAUAUUGGUAAAAAUAGGUGUUUGUUUUAAAAUGGUCAGUAACCUUUGUUCAUUUAACUGGCAUCUAAAAGGUCCAACAAUUCCAAACCCAGGUUUGCUCUUGGCAUUUUGAUGAACACUGAUGAACUGAUGAACUGAGAAUACUGAGAAUAAAAACAUAGGUGCUUUGAGAGGCAGAUAUAGACAUUCCCUCUCACCCUCUGGGACUAACAUUUGAAAAGAAUGUCUGGGCAGAUGGCUAACACAAUGUAGUAGCGGAAUGCAGUAAGUGCAUGCGUUCAGUUUUAUGCUCCAGUAAAGAGAUGUUAGUAUUACCUUUCUGCACAUGUGCAUAUUUAUAUGGAGCAAUGGCAACUAAUGAUCCUUUCAUAAAGACAGCAUCAUUUGAGAACAGUAUGGUAAUCAAAUUUGUUGAAAUUUCUUUCUAUACCAGCUAAAAAUGUUAUACAUGCAGUUGUUCUAAAGCAGUAAAUUAUGGCGAGGCUUUGUAGUAACUGUUACAGCUUAAUCAUUUGUAUCACUGUGUUCUUGCCAUCUUGAAUGUAGUUUUUAAUGAAGGGUGAUUCACUUUACUGAACUCACAUUGCAAGUCAAUGAACCAUCGUUCAUCCAUCUGUGAUAGCGUAGCCCUUCAAACUGUGGCCCUGAAGAGCCCGUAUCAACUUUGCUCUAGUAUUCAGCACCUGAAUGUUAAUAAUGUGAUAAUGGUUACGAAAUGUGCUGUAACCAUUCACCCACAUACACGUACUAUCUUACUUAUGGACUAACUUGUUUUGGCUGGUGACACCUAUGUUGGUUGAUCAUUCAUAAAGACCGGUUCUUGUAAACAGUGAAUCUGAGGCGAGACAGUAUGUACUGUAUCUAUUUAAAAUCCAUUGUACCUUAAGGCUUCGGAUUGAAUCUGGACCAUGGCAGUGCCGACUGUGGCCAGUAGCUCCAUAGGGCAAUCCACAAUAGCUUACUGUGUCACCCAGGGAAUGGGGGUGCAGAGUUCAGUUGGAUCAGUUUUUUCAGUGCAUUGCUAUCUAGCGACCCCUGCUGGUUGAUUGGGCAACCGGUAUUAUUACAUUACAUUACAUUACAGGCAUUUAGCAGACGCUCUUAUCCAGAGCGACUUGCACAACUUUUUUUUAAAUUUUUUAAAUUUUUUUAUUUACAUAGCAUUUUACAUUGUAUCCAUUUAUACAGCUGGAUAUAUACUGAAGCAAUUUCGGUUAAGUACCUUGCUCAAGGGUACAACAGCAGCGUCCAACCCGGGAAUUGAAUCUGCGACCUUUCGGUUACAAGUCUAGUUCCUUACCCACUGUGCUACACUCCGUCCUGUAUAUUGGAGUCAAGGCCACAUACUGUAUGAAUGGUCUCAGGGUAAAGGCACACAUCCUCCAACGAGAUCAUCUGGCAUCACUCUCGCCUCCCACAAUUGUUUCUAUUUUUAAAACAGUGCUUGUUCAAUGUAUAUCAAUUGUACAUUUUCGAAAUCCCCACACAGCAAUAAUUAACAAGCCCUAAUAAUAAUUAAUAAUUAUUAAUAAUUAAUAAUAAUUAACUGAAUUUUGUGGAAUGGGGACACAGGACUGUCGAAGACAUCUUGGUUGGUUGGUUAUUGCACCAUGUUCCAAAUCCAAUCGCCCUGCCCCCUUGCCUUGCAUUGCCAGCUAUCCCAGCAUGGCUUGCAGACGCAAAAACUCGGCUCCCAUUGAAAUGAAUGGAGGCGAUUACAAAGACAGUUCUUGUCGGAGGAUGUGUGGCUUUGCCUUUAGUAGCUCUAUAGAAUCUUAGCCGUAGUCUGCGAUGUGAAAAGAAGCAGUUGGAAACACCAUGUGUCCCAAAUCAGCAGUGGGUUCCACACAUGUACAUUACUGUGGUUGCACACAAUUUGCCAUUCGAAAUAGGGGUGGGAAUUGGAUAUUCUUUGUCCUGUGUUGGGUGCCAAAUCUUUUUAUAUAUUUAAAAAUACAUUCAAACACAUUUACAUGAACAACUGAAUAAUGGUCUUUAAUUGAGCUGUUACUGCACAUGUCUUAUGCACAUGUCUGAUUAUCCUCAUAAAAAGAUACAAAGGGAUCAUUCAGAAAGUUAUGAUAACUCCUGGAAUAUGAAAUGUGAGAUAUCCAUCUUUAAAUUCAAAUACAAAUUUCUCUUGCUAAUAUGUUCAGGGGCACAGUUGUAAUGACAAAAAUAAAUGCCGUUACAUUUAUCUGUGGUAGCGCAAGCACCAUUAAUACUACAUUUACAUGAGUAUACAGUAUGAUUCUGGGACCAGCUGAAGAAAACUGCACAUCCUUGCCAGUGGUUGUAAGCAGUUUCUCUGAUGUAGUGAAGCUUGUGUUUCCUGAAGUGUAUCAGGCAUACACUGUAGUUCUUUGUGACUGCAUAACCUGUGUAUGAAACAAUAUAUUGAGAACCCCA